UCCACCACCCCAAUACGCAUAGCAUCGCCGCAUCGUCCUGAGUUGCUCGUGGCCACUUUCUUCGGAACAGGUACAGCAGGUCGUCUCCUGUCAGCGAGCGAGCAAGACGCAACCGUCCCUCAUUCAUCACCACCAGGGCCGUGGUUCAUUCUUGCUCACAAGCGAAGCGCACGUCUCGCUUAUUGCAACAACAACCACCACCACCACCACAACAACAAUAACAACAGCAGCAGCAGCAACCACCACCACAACACACACGCACAUAGCAGAGCGCAAUAGCCGGAAGUUAGCAAGCAAGAGGGAGGCGCCAUGAUUGCUCCCGCAGCGCUGCUUGGGUUGGUGGUGCUCGCGACGGUGUUGGCUGUGGGCACGACAGCAGCAGCAGCAAGUAGCAGCAGCACCACCACCGCCACUGUGCCGCUGUUUGAGGCUAGCUUGGCCCCAGCUGAUGAUGUCACCAGCAGCCACCUCCUCAUCCCAGGCGUCAACGCCUCCAUCGCCGCACUUGACCAGUCUUCCCUGUAUCGGGCAACGGUUGAUGCAACUGGGCUGCUGGCUGUAACCACAACACGUGCAAGCAACGGCCUCAGCAUACAAGGCGAAGCCCUGGCAGAGGUGCAGGCCGUGGUGGACGUCCAAUACAUGGACAACAUCACCCUCGCCCUGACUGCAUCCACGCUGACGAAUCAUUCUGUCACCUGGGAACUCGUGGCCGUCUUCGAUGAUGGGGGUGCGUAUCGGGCUGCCAACGGGUCGCUGUUGGGCGAACAGGCGACGACCGUCACUACAACGCUCGCGCUCAACGCCAACGCGUUCGCAGCAGCAAACCUCUUCUGGAGGCUCCAGACGACCAACGCAUCGAGCCAUGUGGUCUUGCACAACAUCACUGCAUCUGCGGUUGAUGUCGCUCUCAAUCGCGAUUACCGCGCACUGCAUGCUGUGCGUCAGGUGAACAUCACAGGGCUGCCCAGUGGUGCCGGCACGACAGCGAGUGGGAUCACAGAUGCCGGCGUUUGCGCGCUGCUCUGUGAGGGCGAUAUCACAUGCUCCGUUGCCGUGCAUGACGCAUCUACCGCAGAGUGCACGACGUACACCACGCCCGCGCUCACGUGGGGCGCGACGACGGGUGCAGCAACCACUGGCGUGAGCGUGUUCAUGCGUGAGAUUGCUGGUCGUGUAGCCACGGUGAACACGACGCACCGGCACACUGCAGAUGUGUCGCGACGAGACAUCGAAGCCCUCGCCCAGCCGCUCCAGCUGUCUGGUGUGCCUGCAACGGCAACGCUCAACGACAUCACUCUCCCCAUCGUGUUUCUUGAAGCAGAUACCAACGCGUGUGCUGCUGCCAGCGUGAACGUGACCGUGUUUAGCACAUCUGCUGUGGACUUCUCGCCAUCAACACUCUCAUCGUCGUCCAUCAUCGGAGAUCGUGUUGCCUCCGCCUCGGCAACGGCUGCCACCGUUCCAACGAUUGCUGCGGACGACGAAGAGAAUGUUCUCUUGGCGCCAAAUUGGUGGACGGGUGUUCCGCUGUUUUGGGAUGCCGAUGCUCCAGUCCCCUCCAUCGCCAACCUCGACACCCUCCUCGUCGUGCUCCACACAAGCCUGCCCGCUGGCUGCCGUGCUGUGACGUUUGCUGCAAGCGAAGCCAACGCCACGCAUCACGCCGCCUUUGUUGUUGACGGUGCACCCGAUUUUACGUCAAACACGCUCACCUUCACCGGACAGACGCCCAGCACGACGCUCGCACUUGAGGUGUCGUUCUCCGCUACCGCAACCGAUGUGCUGUCCACGACGGAUCCUGAGGAUCACUGCACGCAGUUCACCUCCAAAUCAAACUGCGACGCGUCGCAGGCGUGUGCGUGGUAUGGGUGCCGGCCAACACUGCUCAACUUUUGCGGUGGCAUCUCCGACGAACAGACGUGCGAGCAGGAAUCAUCCUGCGCAUAUGAUUACGAGGACAACAAGUGCUUUGUGCGAGAGGACGCUGUGUGCACCCUCCUCAGCUGCCCAAUUCUCGUCUGUCAAUCCUUCACGGCAUGCCUGCCUGUGGCGGAGGCGUUUACAUGCAGAUCCGCCGUCUCACAGGAAUGCAAUGACCACACGGGCUGCAGCGCUUCCAUCGAUUGCAUUGCGCAACAAGUGGCAGAGUGUGGGGCGACGAGUGAGUGCUUGAGUGUGUGCCCGUUUCAUCUCCUCCAAUCUGAUGCGCACGUGGCGGAGGUGCAGCAAUUUACGUCGUGCCUGCAAAACGCAGACCAAGUUGAUGGUGGGCUGUUGGGGGCGCUGGUGGGACUGCUGGUGGGUGUUCUGGAUCUUCUGCUGGGCACGCUGCUGCUGGGCACAACGCAGGUGCUGCUUGGUGCCGUCACAGCGGUGCAGCACACGCUUCUCCCCGCCGUAAAUGUGUUGGGCGCCAUCCUGUCCAUCGACAUCUUGGGCGUUGUUGUGUCGGUCGUGACGCAGGCGGUUGCCAUCAUCACGUCCAUCCCAGCCAUUGUGCCAUCCCUCCUUCCCGAUCUGUCAUCGUCUGCUUGCACGGCUGAGAUGCUGGACGGCAUUGCAUGGCCCAAUGCCACAGGUGCUGUUGCUGUUGCACCCUGCCCCAGCACCCCUGGCGCUGUUGCCUACCGCUACUGCUGCGAGUCGUCCUCGCCUCUCGGCCUCCUCGGUGCUCUCACAGGCUCCUGCGGUACACCGGGCUGGCUCGAUCCAGACGUGAGCCAAUGCAACAUCACGUCGUCGUCAUCGUCGUGGUCGUGGCCAUCGGGCGGUCUCUUUGGCCUUGGGCUUCUCGACAACUUGCAGUCCACCGUCACAGCAACCAUCGUCGACACGACAAGCGCCAUCGACGCUGUGCUUGACAUUACCGGUGUGCUGCAGCAGACUGCAAGCGCAUUUGUCACGUCCGCGCUAACAGGCAUCACCAGUGUCGGUGGUGGCGGCGGUCUCGGCGGCGUGCUGAAUUUGGUGCAGAGCGCAUACACAGGCCUUGUGGCACAAACGCUCGAGCUUGCCUUCUCCACCAUCAGCACCGUCGUGACGCAGGGCCUGUCGCUGACCACAAAUGUCGUGGAUACGCUGCUCGGUGGUGUGGCGAGCGUCCUGCAGUCACUCGACCUGGCCGGUGUCCUGGCGACGGUGCAAGACCUGUCGUCAGCUGUGCUGUCGCUGUUGGGGUCGACAAUCCAACAGCUCAUCACCAUCGUGUCAUCGCCGCUGCCGUUGCUGAACACGCUGCUCUCGCUCGUGCAUGCGUCAACUGGUAUCCUGACCAGUGUGUUGGCUCGCAUCACCGACCUCAGCACCAGCCAGUACUUCCUCAAUCUUAUUUCCACCAACGACACCAUCAGCAUUGACACCACCAGCGCAGCUGUACUUGCAAGUGGCCUCACUCCAUCCUACCUCCAGAACACCGUCACCAUCCCUGCUGAGCUCUCGCGCCUAGGACAAGCAACAGUGCUCGCACAUUCACCGCUCGUCAACGUGUCCAUCACCACCGUCAACAGCACCAUCGCCAGCCCUCCCUGUGCCCUGUGCAGCGUGCGCGAGCAAGGCGCUGGCAUCGUGUCAGAUGUUGUUGACGUCACACUCGCCAGUGGGAGAAACUUCACGUGGCCAUCAGUCAGCGGAGCAGGCAAUGCCGGCACUCGUGACAGCGAGCCUGCGCGCUUGACAGUGGCCUUCAACAUGUCCCAUGCGAUGGACCAUCCUCGCUCCGACAACACGGACAUUGUGCUGCGCACUGCCAUGGCCACGGCCACAACGCUGUCCUCCCACCAGCUCCGCAACUCGAAACUGCGCACUCGCACGUACCUGCAGGCCAUUGGCGGGCCUGUGCUUGAAGUCAAGAUGACCCGCAUCCCAUCACUAUCAGAAUCAUCAUCAGCAUCAGAAUCAUCAUCGUCGUCGUCGCCGUCAGUUUCAGUGCCAUUGCCUGCAGCAACAGAUGAAGCGCCAAAGUUGUGUAAAGACCCUCUUCACGCUGGCAAGGGCGUGAGUGCGACCACCAACUGCCGCGCAAGCACAAGCGACAGCAGCGGAGGUGGUGAUUCGGUGACUGUCACCUUCCAACUCGUCUGCCACUGGUGGGACCCAUCAGCCAGGACAUGGAACACAAGCGGAUGCGCCACAGACAUCUCCGAUGACGGCAGUCGCGUCACGUGCACGUGCUCGCACACGACGUCGUAUGCGGUGUUGAUGAAGUCUGAUGGCGUGUCCACCCUCAGCUCAACGGACACGCUCGCUCUCCAGCUCAUCACAUACGUUGGCUCCGGCUUCUCCGUUGCAGCACUUGUGCUCGCUGCACUCGUGUAUGCGUACGUGUGGAACAAGCCCUUUGUCAAGGAACACCACCGCCUCGUCGUCGUGCUUGCUGUGAUUCUUGUUGUUGGGCAGUGCCUGUUGCUGGUCAUGCUGCUGACAAGUGGCUCUCUCACCGCAGGCAGCAGUAGCAGCAGCAGCAACGACGGCACCACGUCUUCGGCGACGGAGGCCUUCACGUUGGACAGCGCAGGUGGCAACAGCAGCGACGCAGCUUCAGCCGCCAGCAGUGGCAGCAGCAGCGACAGCAGCAGCAGCAGCAAUGCGGGGUGUGUGGGCAUGGCGUUUGCGCUACACUUUUCGCUGGUGCUCGGGUUUGCGUGGAUGAUUGUGAUUGGCGUGAACAUCUAUCGCUCUUUCGUGGACAUCAUGGACCAGCAGCCCAUCUCCAUCCCCAGAGCGUUGCUUGCAUGCAUCCUGGCAUCGGCUGCCGUCGCUGGCAUCACGUACGCCGCCUCUCCCAGCACGUACACAUCCACGGACUACUGCUGGCUGGACAUGAACACGUCAUCGCUGUACGGGUUUGCCGUACCACUCGGUGUCAUGCUCGUGGUGAACACGUGCCUCAUGGCCAGCAGCCUUCGCUCCAUCUCCAAGGAGGCAACGACGCGUGUGCAGGCACGUGCAGGCUUCACCUUUGCUUGGAUCCUUGGUCUGACGUGGGUGUUUGCCGCAAUGGCCAUUGUGGACGUGCACACGGUUGCCUGGCAAUACCUCUUUGCAGUGUUCUCCGUACUGCAGGGCGUGUUCAUCUUCGCCCACUACGUCGCCCUCUCAGAGCGCAUGCGCGACGCCCUCUUCUCCUCGAGCGAGCAGCGGUUGCACACGCGCCAGCAGACCAUGGCAAAGGUGCGCGCACACGGGCGCGGCAGCAACUCGCACACGCCGUCGUCGUACGGUGGGCGAACGACACGCCCGUCCACGUGUUCCACAUCGUCCACCAACAUUGCAACAUCGAAGCCAACGCGCGAGUCCGCCGUUGGUGACCAGGGCCAGUACAUUGAGAUUAUGUCGUCGUGCACAGAGGACACGGUGUUCACGGGGGCACCACCCUCGCCAGCCACCUGCCCAUCAUCGCCUCUCCCGUUCUCUCGACCAAUGUCGCCCCUCUCUCCCAUCUCUUCGUUCGCACCAGGUGCCCCCAACGGCAUUCGUGCUGGUCGCGGCAGCAGUGACAGCAUUGCCAGCAGCGUGGGCAGUAGCAUCGGUACUAGUGGUGGUGGCGGUGGUGGUGGCGGUUUUGGUGGUGGGAAAGCGUUCAAGUUCCCCAUGCGCCGUGCACACCGAUCAUACCUCAAGGCCAUUGAUGAGGAGGCAUGAGCUGGCGCGGGGGUGUUGUUGGUGGUGGUGCUUUGUUGGCGAGUUGAUGUUAUUGGUGUUGUUGGUGAUUGUGAUCGUUGAGGCUGGUGGAGCAAACGUCGCCGUUUGUGCACGCGCACACAUACACACACAUACGCCACUGCUGCUAUUGUUGUU